ACAAGGUGCCCGACCAAUCGUGUCACGACGACCUCCACCUGAAGCAGAGCCAGUCCUGCUACAUCCGGCAGUCGGCUGAGUCGGGUCACGUGCUGGUCAGUGACCCGUGGCCAGCGACCCGCCGUGUGGAGGACAACAUGGCGGCCCAACGUUUGUGUUGCCUGAACUCAUCCUACACUAUGUGCAACACGUUCUUUGGCUUGUUCCCGGCGCAGGAAUGUUCCAGUGAUGUGGACUUUGUUACAGCCUACGUGUUUGGAGACCCCCACAUUACAACAUUUGAUCAACUGAGCUACAGUAUGAACGGCUGGGGCGAGUUCACAUUGAUGAGCGUCACAACUCAAGAUUUUGUACUGCAGGCUAGAACUGGUAGAGCAAGGACGCCAUACGGUACAUUUGUGAAUGCCACCGUGCUAACAGCUGUGGCUGCCAGCGAUGGAAAUCACUCACAUUUUCAGGCAGUUCUUGAUUCGUCUGGCACAGGUAUGAUUCUACACGUGAAUGGCCAAAAUGUGACUGAUGACUUCUACAAGAAAGAUGACUUUAACUGGACACCCAACAACACAGUCAGUGUGUGGAGAGAGUGUGGACAAAACAAAACCUUCGUCCUAGCGAUGUUUCCCUCUGGUGUGACUGUAAAGAUUAACACGGCUUUACAAAACCUUGAGCUUGAGAUCCAAGCAACUAAAUUUCUAAUGAACAAGACAGUUGGACUUCUGGGGAAUUUCAAUAAUAUUUCAGAAGAUGAUUUGUCCCCGACCAGUGGUUUUAACGUCAGUACUCCUAUCGAUUGGCGUGAUAGCAAGUUUGAUCAGACAUACAUCCAAAAGUGGAGAGUAAACCGAACACAUUCGGUGUUUAAAUACAGGGAUAAAGAGGAUCUGAGUUCUCUUCAAGAUUUCCGACCAACGUUUGCUAAGGAUUUGAACCUGAACAAUUCCUUGGAUAUUUGUGGCAGCAGAGAUGAGCUGUGUAGCUUUGAUAACCUGGUUAUGCUGGAUUGGGUGUUUGCAAAGAACACACACAAUUUUAGAUCGUAUCAUAGUAACAGGGAUGAUAAGUUGAGAAACAACCCCCCGACCCUGUCGCUGAGAGACAAAGAUAUUCUGGUGGAUGGCCGGUGGAUCGUCACAGAUGGUCUGGUGGAGCACCUGGAGCUGGCCACGUCAGACAAGGAUGGCCACCAGGUGACGGUGUCGUGGGUGGAUGGCCCACCUGAAGCCAGGCGCGUCACAAACCUGACUCUAAAGUAUGUGCCAGAUGUUCGGGUACCUACACGGAUAGGGUGA